GAACCAAUUUCUUUCUCAUUGAAUCCAUAAAGAAAACACAGAAACAGAGAAAACAAAGAAAACAAAAACCAAAAGACCCUUGUUUCUUCAGCCUUACGAAGAGCCAUCUCGCCAUUGAUAUCCACACUUGAGCUCAAUCCCUUCAUCAAUCUCUCCUCAGAAAGAGAAAGAGUGUCAAAGAGAGAAGAAGAAGAAGAAGAAGAAGAAGAAGAAGAACAGGGAUCUCGUGGAUUUUUGAACUUUCGGAGAUUUCUAGUGUUUCUUCGACCCUUGACACCGUCUCGAGCAUCUGAUUUUGAGGAUUAGCUGAAUUAGAAAGGUGGUGCUAUGAUGCAACAGAAGAGGUUCAGCAUGGGAGGAAUUGAUGUAUAUCAGACAGGCUGUAGGAUUUUUGGUGAUACAUCAAAAACCCAAGAAGACGCUGAAAGAAAUAACAAAUGACUUGUGCCUGGUGAGUCAUCAUUUUCUUUUGCAACAAAAAUUUGUCAGCAAGUUGGCUUCAAUCCUUAGAUGCUUGUUGUUUGUACUGUUGACAAGUGCUAAGCAUACAUCAAUUGUAUAGAAUCAGCAUCAUGUACUGGGAUGACAAAUACGGAACUCAUAGUGUAUCAUAUGAUUUUUAUUUGCAUUUUGUGCGAUUUGAGGGGGCGAAAGUAGUUUAGUUCUCAACUAUUUGUUGUUAAAGAGAAGCAUGAGAGGAACGGGUCAUAAAGGAGGUUCAAGUUACAGAGGUUCAUCUGAUCAGUUGAGGCAUAUGGGUUCACCCACAGAUCAGAGGAGUCGGCCCGUGCAUGGUGAACAUUAUGAUAGUUUACAUUCGAUAGCACGUGAUGCUCCAACUCUAGUUACUUUUGCACCUAAUGUAUUGCCGCGACCAUUACAAUCAUCUGUUGCCAAUGCUUAUGUGGGAUCAUCAUCAUCUUCUGCUUCUACUCCUUGUGCUAGUGGAGGGGUUACCCCUAAUGGUGAACCUACUAUGGAUGCUAGAGAUACUACGACAUCAUCCAUGGAUUGCUUGCCCCUUGCUCUUGAUGAGUCAAGGAGACCACGCAUAAAACUAGUGAAUGGAAUAUUACAUCCCUCAGAUGUCUGUGCUCAAAAAAUUACAUUCAUCUUUAAGGAAAGAAUGGAUGAGAAUGGAUAUAGCUGGAAGAAUGUCUCUAAGGAGACAAAGGACUUCUAUUGGAAUGAAUUUCAGAAAUUCUUUGUAUGGGAUGAGUCAAUGUCAACUACUAUUAAGAUGGCAUGUCAACGUAAAGCUGCAAAACGGUAUAGAGCAUUGAUGUGUAGUUUGAGAAAGGGGAAAGAAAAAUCAAUGCAUGUGUUUGACUCUGCAUGGAAAACAUGGACUGAGGCAUGGAAUUCUCCGGAAUUUAAAAUUAGGUGUGAGAAAGCUACCGCAAACCGACUCACUGAGAUUGCAGGACCUGGAUCUGGUAUAUCACGGCACACAGGAGGCUUCAUUUCUCAUGCUUCCCAUGCGGAUAGAUUGCGAUCGAGGCUUGGAUGUGAUCCUCGCCCUUUGAGCUUUUUGAAGUGACUCGUACAAAAAAGAGUACCUCCAUACUUGUUGAUGCACGUGCUCAAUCUAUUAAGGAUCGCUAUUUGGAGCUUGUGGAGCAAGCAUCUCAAACACAAGAAGGACAUGAUGAGCUUCCUAUUGUGGAUGAAACAACUCUAUACUAUGAGGCUGUUGGGGGAGGAAAGAAAAAUCGGGUUUAUGGAAUAGGAUCCCAAGCUUGUAUCUUUUAUCACAUUUAUCUUCAAGUUUUUCAGCAGGUUCAUCAUCUGAGACACUUAGGCUAAGGUUAGAGAUUUGCGUCAAACUCUUACUCAAGUCCAAGAUCGUGAGGAGAGGCUUCAACAAACUCUUAGUCAAGUCCAAGAUCGUGAGGAGAGGCUUCAACAAAGUUUGCAUGAAAUGAAAGAGGAGAGGGACCAAUAUCAUGAGGAGAUGAUGCGUCAAAUGAAGGACAUGAUGAUGAGUUUUGAGAAAAGGAUUCUUCAGCAGUCGCAGUU